AUGGCGUCUCCUCCCAAGAAGCGUAAGAUCGAAGGCUUUGCAACGGCUACAGCAAAAAUGCAACAACGUCACCAAGAAGAAGCGGCAGAGAUGUCGCAACUCACCAACGAACUUACGUCCCUCCGAAACGACACUGCCUCUAUGAUACAACUCAAGCGUACCAUCAGAGAGCAAGCUCAGAAGAUCGAAGUGCUCACUCGCAAGUCGGAGGUGCGAGCCGAAAAGGACACCCUCGAAAGACAAGCUGAAAAGAUCGACAUGCUCAAAGAGGAAAGCCGCAAGUGGAAGGAGGAGUACGCUAGGCAGGUCGAGCUUGCUCGGGAGCUAAGGAAAUCGGUCGACCAUACAAAGAACGAGAAGAAGACUUUGGAAGAUCGUCUCAAGCAUGGGAGGAGAGCUCAUGAAGAGCUUCAGCAGGCCUUGUCGCGGGAAAAGAACGAGCGGCGGGUAGUCGAGCAAAGGCUGCAGCAGCAUCUGGAUUUGUAUGCCGACCCUGACCUUUUCGAGCACCUCCUCCGCUAUAUGCGUCGUCCUGAGGUAUUCCCGCUGUUUUACAGCGUGAUGAACGGCUUCGACUAUGACUUGUACAAUCGCUUGGAAGCUGAAGCGCUGUACUUUCAGAUGAAGAAGCUGUAUGAGUGGAUUAAAGCAAAGAAGUACCUCACCGCCAUCAAAGUUCAAACAACAAAUCCUAAAGUCCGCGAUUUUGCAAGCAUCGGCUUGAUGCAUCCCGAGAUCCUUCCCAAAAAGCCCGGGUCUGGCAUCCUCUCGGGCCUGCUGCUGGGCGCAUUGCCCUUCCAGACUUCGGCCCAAGAUGACCCACCAACAGACUGCACUGGUGUCAAUGGCAUACGCCCAGAAUGUAGCAGCCAGGAAUCCGCAUACCAACGAGACUUCUUCUACAUCGGUGGCGGCUACGUCGACUCCGGCAUUCCGGGCCAGCAGAUGUGGAGUGACCAGCUUUAUGUCGAAAAGCUGACUCCCGCCAGCAAAGUCAACAAGCCUUACCCGAUGGUCUUUGUCUCCGCAGGUGUUAACUCAGGCGCAGAAUGGCUGAAUACGCCAGACAACCGCAAGGGAUGGGCUUCCUACUACCUUGAUCAAGGCUACCAGGUCUACAUUGUUGACAUCGCUGCCAACGGCCGAAGUGGCCAGCAGCUCCUCUCCAAGUACCCUUUACGCCUUGGAUCUACAGACACAAUCAAUGAGCAGGGCUUUACAGCUCCGGAGAACUUCGACCAGUACCCACAGGCGAACGUACAUACGCAAUGGCCCGGAAACGGAUCUCGUGGAGAUCCAGCUUUUGAUGCCUUCACUGCCGCCAACGUUCCCAUCUCUUCAUCGAACGUGAACGUGGAAAACACUAUGCGCACAUCUGGAUGUCAGCUUCUCAGUAUGAUCGGCCAGUCAUACACAAUCUGCCACUCAGCUGGCUGUACAUACACGGCUAUCUGGUCGGACGCAUGCCCUGAUCUGCUGCGCGCCAACAUCAACAUCGAGCCUGGCAACAUCCCACAUACUUCUCUGAUCGGGAACACGACUGUUGCUGGGGUCGGUCGUACUGCGGCGCGGCCUUGUGGCCUCACAUACACACCGCUGCAAUUCGAUCCGCCGGUAACGAACUGCUCGACCAUUGCGACAACUGAGGUCGGCCCAGAUGACCCUGCCAAGCGCUCCUGCAUUCUGCAGACUGGCACCGUCCACAAGCUCACCCAACUUAGCAAAGUUCCCUACAUCAUGAUCACGGGCGAGGCCAGUCCGCACAUCACGUACGACCACUGCUUCGUCGAGUACUUCAGGCAGAUGGGCCUCACCAACUACCAGUGGAUCAAACUUGCCGAUAUUAGUAUCAAGGGCAAUGGGCACUUCAUGUUCCUGGAGAAGAACAACCAGGAUAUCGCCGCGGCGAUCAACUAUGGUCUCGGGCAAAUGAACGAGAGCCCAGCUGCUCCAGGUCAUCCAGGCCUUCCAAUCUCUAUGGAAUGA